AUGACUGACGAAACGGCAAAUAUAUGUGCUAAAACUUGGACACGAAAUGUAGAAGGUAUUAGCAAGAUCGGAUACUCGGACGGUGUAGUCGAUGGGCAAGCUGCUUCUUUUCAAUCGUCUUUCGACUUGGGUUACUCACAGGCUUUCAGUUUUGGAUUUGAAUUAGGAAAGAAAAAGGCAUUGCAACAGCAUCAAGAUGAAGAACCACAAUCAAACGAGUUCAGAGAUCCAAGAAAUAUAAAUUGCCAAAUUUGUUUGAACAGAACUAUGACAGAUAAUGUUGUCAAUCUAUUCAAUAAACAAAAAGAAAGUAAUGACAUACAUCUUAAUAAGAAAUAA